GCACCGUGUAUUGUGAGUAGCCAAUCAGCCGGCAAGUGACCGUAACGCCUGGUUUGAGUGACACUCUCCAUCUUCCCGUCUCCGUUGCGCCGUCAUGUCGGCAGUACCGUGUUCAGGGGCUUCGUCCUCGGGCCCGGUGCCCGGGAUGUCCAUGUUCCGCUGGAUGGAGGUCCUGGAGAAGGAGUUUGAUAAAGCCUUCGUCGAUGUGGAUCUGUUGCUGGGAGAGAUAGACCCUGACCAGGCCGACAUUACCUAUGAGGGACGCCAGAAGAUGACCAGUCUGAGUUCGUGCUUCGCUCAGCUGUGUCAUAAAGCGCAGACCGUCAGUCAGAUCAAUCACAAGCUGGAGGCUCAACUUCUAGAUUUUAAAUCGGAGUUGACGGAGGUUCAAGCAGAGAAGGCGGUGCUGGAGAGAGAGGUGCAUGAUCAGUUGCUUCAGCUCCAUGCAGUACAAUUACAGCUGCAUUCCAAGACGGGACAAAAUGUGGACUCGGGAGCCAUCAAAGCCAAACUGUCUGUCCCUACUCUGGAAGUCAUGGAAAAAGAACUGGAGGCCAACAAGAAGGAUAAGGUACAGGAAGCCCAGCUGGAGGCAGAAGUAAAAUUGCUUAGAAAAGAAAAUGAAGCUCUUCGCAGACAUAUCGCUGUACUCCAGGCAGAGGUGUAUGGAGCAAGGCUGGCUGCGAAGUACUUGGAUAAAGAACUGGCUGGAAGGGUCCAGCAAAUUCAGUUGCUUGGUCGAGAUAUGAAGGGUCCUGCGCAUGACAAGCUAUGGAAUCAGCUUGAGGCUGAAAUUCACUUACACAGACAUAAAACCGUUAUCAGAGCCUGCCGAGGGCGAAAUGAUUUGAAGCGCCCCCUGCCAACUCCUCCAGGACAUCAGGACCCAGAAUGCCUAAAGAAAAGUCAAGGAGUUGGGCCAAUCAGAAAAGUUAUUCUGGUUAAAGAAGAUCAUGAAGGACUUGGUAUAUCUAUUACAGGUGGAAAGGAACAUGGAGUACCAAUUCUUAUAUCAGAAAUUCACCCGGCACAGCCAGCUGACCGCUGUGGUGGACUUCAUGUUGGUGACGCAAUUUUGGCAGUAAAUGGCAUAAAUUUGAGAGACGCUAAACACAAGGAAGCAGUUACUAUCCUGUCCCAGCAGAGGGGAGAGAUUGAGUUUGAAGUAGUGUAUGUUGCUCCAGAAAUAGACUCUGAUGAUGAAAACGUAGAGUAUGAAGAUGAAAGUGGACACCGUUAUCGCUUGUAUCUUGAUGAGCUAGAGGAAGGAGGAGCUAACCCUGCGGCACCUAACAACAAAGAAGGAAGUGGUGAUGCUAAACCCCUACGAGUAUUUGACCAGAAGCAUCAUGUAGAAGGACAUGAAAAUGGGGACCUGGAGCCAACAAGUGAUUCACUUUCAGGGGACACCGCUUCCAAGCUAGCAUAUUCUUCAGAGUCCCUGUCGUAGGGCUCAUAUCUGGUGUCUAUGGUGAAAGAGACCGAUUAUUCACUCUAGUGGACGAGACCAGCUGCAGUCUCACAGGGGGUCAGGAUAUUAGUACCUCCAAUGCGGUUUCCUCAGGGUUUGUCGGAGCAGUUUUACAUGUGCAUAAAUCCUGUCUCGUUUUAUCCACUAAGAGCCAUACCUUGACACUUGCAUGUUUCUUUUCUAGUUUUAUUUUAUUUUCCCAUAUUGUAAGCACCAAAGCACGUCUUUCAACAUUAAAGGUGUUCUGGUCUGCAUGUCAGGCAUUAGUAAAAUAAUGUGACUGACAAAGUAAGGGAAUUUCAGCACCGUUACUGAAAGUGCUAGACAAGGUACAAUUAAUGCAAGUGGCAGAAGGAAGCAUUUUAUGCAAAAUAAUGAUUAGAUCGUUAUACAUUUCUUUCUUGAACACUUUCAGAGCUACCUUGGCCCAGUACAAUCACUCUGGAGUGGUGUUUUUUUUUUAUUUUGGUAUGUUCCGUCAUGCAGUAAAAGAGCUUUCUGCUUUUUACAGCUAUUUUUUUUUUAUUUAAACGAUUUUGUUGACUGUCUUUUUUUUUUGUUUUUUUUCUGUCCCGUACAUGCAGUAUGAAGAUAUUGAAUUAUGUCCACACUUUUUAACAGGUUCACUAGACAGAUUUAGUAUGUGUUCCAGAUAUAGGGCUUUAUUUAAAAGGUAUUGGGUAAAAGAUAAUGGGAAGAGACUUUUUUUUUUAAAUGGCAUUAUUUAAAUGCCUUUGGCAUUCACUGGGGCUGACAGACAAAUUCUGAGACAGCAUCAUAACCACAGAGAAUGGGGAAAAUUACACCAGAGUAAACUUCUGCUUUCAGUAAUAAUUAACUGGAUAUUUGCAUUUAAAGGUGAACUCCAGGCAAACUAAUUUGUUACAAACAUUUAGGGAACCCCACAAUUUUUAACAAAUGUGUUCUUCUUUUUUCCUUCUCUGGCUUGCGGAUCCCUUAAAUCAAGGGUAGGCAAGAUGUGAUCUACCUGAACAACACGGGAGAAGUCAAAGAUCACUGGGCACCUCUAAUUGCCGUACCACUGUGUCGCAAAUGCAUGCAUUGCAUGGCAGUCAUGGGUUUAAAUCGGGUGGUGAGAAGGCAACAUAUUGCCUACUCACCACCUGUCAAACACACAGGGAUCGCUUUUCAGAAGAGUAGCAGUGGCUGCUGCGCCUGUGAAUGAGCCGUUAGUUGUAUUCGGCAGCGGCACCCUUAGGGCUCGUUAACACAACGUUGGGGGUGGUAAAACAGCAGGAUAUAACAGAAGUCUAUGGCUAUACUAAUGUCCAGUGUUUUUCUUCACAUUGAUCUCUUCUCUUCUUUGCUGCUGCUGGCACCACUCUGAAGACCACUAGUGGUGGGAUAAGAGGUAGGUUGCUUUUGGUAUCACUCCGCAUGGGACAGGAGCCACCACUACAGAGGAGGCAUUGGCUUAUGUGGCUCUUGCUCACUACUACAGCUCCAGCUUUACAAAUUGCAUUGCACUCUGUUUUGAUGCGCUGAAAUGGUGGGCCAGCAAGCCCAGACUGAGAUCGUCGCCUGUCCACUAUAUCCUGGUAGAUCGCGAUCUACAGCUUGCUGACCCCCCGCUUUAAAUUAACUAUAUAGGCCACCUUCUAAAAUCCAAAAAGCACAUGUUUCCUGUUUUACACAUUUGAUCAACACUGCCUGCUAGGUGCAGUUGGUGGGGUUUAAGCCGGCCAUAGGCGGCACGAUUUUCUUUCCUGCGACCACAGGUUGCAGGAAAGAAAAUUGCUUGAUUCCCCCAUCAACACAGUCAGUUCCAUCUGACAUUCAACUCCUGCGUACGGGGCUUUAAACUGACAACUCUGUAGUUUCUUAUCCAGCUUAGUCAAUUAGCUGAUAAGAUUCCCUAAUUCCGAUUGAGAAACUUGCACAUAAAUAAAACGACUGUCCACUCCUCUCCUGCAGUGACCACAUUCAGAUCAUAUCCUACUACAGCAAAUGUUCUUUACGCUCAUAUAAUAAUAUUUAGCACUGUUUGUGUGAGGUUCGAACUGUGGAAGAUUGCUCCAGCUGAUGUAAGAAACCUUAGGUUUUUAGAAUACAAAAACACUUCGUACAGCAGGAUGCGGUAGACAUGACAGGGGAGUUUCUUGUUCCCCUGUCAUUGACCCUGUAAACGCUCACACUAGCUCUCAUAGGGCACCCUACAAGUACCAGAAGACAAGUGGGGUUUUCUGGAAGCCCCUCCUGUUGGCUUUGGCUAGGAAUACGUCUAAAGGAGACUCCCUAAUGACGUCACAGGCAUUUUAUCUUACGAUAUCUCCAUAAUGGUGUAAGGCAAGGAGAACAUCUUCUUUCUUUUUCUUCAUUUAAUAGGGUAGGAGAGGGGCUUUAUAUUUAUCUGUUGCCUGUAGUUCAGCUUUAAAUGUCACUAGACUAUUAAAAUGUAAUUUCUAAUUGCUCUUUGCACUGUCAUUAAAUGAAGCCUCCAGUGUCUCACACUGACCUGAUUUUGUCCCAUGAUGCCUCUUAUCUAGAUCAGAGGCUCUCAAAAAUGUUCUUAAGUCUUGCCAACAGUUCUAUGGGUCUCUUGACAAAAGCACAUAGAAAAGAUAUAGAGGUCAUUUGGUGAUUGACCAAGCUGUGUUAGAGGGAAGGAUUCCACAAAACCUGUUUUGUUGGCAAAACCUUUGGAUUGGUUUGAGACCCUCUGCUCUAGACUGUUCUUGAAAGCCAAAAUGUGAGUGAAAGGACAGUUCUAAAGAAAUAGGCACUCCAUCAAUAAGGACAGGGAGAUACUUACAAAUAGUCCUUUUUACUGUUUUAUGUAUGAACAGUUUUGUGAGAUAGGUGUCCUUUUUUUUGCAACUGCACUAUUAUAUAUUGCUCGAUAAAGCUUUGAAAAAUGUACAUAGUAGCCAAAUUGCUAUUUAUAAAUAUAUAGUUUUUCUUGUUUGUGACAUGAUCUUUGUGGUGUCACUUCUGUAUAUGUUCAAACCUUUUUAUACUGUAUAUUUUUAGGUUGAGUUUUUUAGUUUAUUACUAUAUCAGCAUCAUUAAGGCCGGCCAUACACGGCCCAGUAUUUGCAAGCGAUGCAACCAAUUGCAAUAAGCUGGCAGUGUAGGGGUGAACUCCCGGGUAACAACAAGCAUUCUCUUGCAUGAGAAGUACUUAUCGGCUCAGAAGAUGUUAUAACGUGGUGGAAAAUCUCUGUAAUCAUUCAACAAUCCACUGAUAAAGGAGACCUGUUAAUGGGCUUGCAUCCAAAUGUGGAGGGAAAUGUACAGCAAUCUGGAAACACCAUGGCUGAUCUCUUGCUGCCUUGCAUUGUUGGUCAGAGAUCUGACUUUCCAAUUACAGCCAGUACAGUGCCAGCCAGUAUGGAUAUAUGUGUUUUAACCAUUUAGUCACUGUCAUGAGAUUCCGUUACUGAAACAUUUGCUUCAACAGCAGAUGCUAUUGGCAAUCCAUUCAUAAGGAGGUUUUUCUAUGUGGAAGUCUUAUAAACAUAUGUCAAAUUGUUUUGUACCAAGUCUUUUUCUGCACCUACAACAUCCAGGCAGAUUUCCUCAUAAGUGUCCCUUCAUGAAUGUUUUAAUGUUUUUUUUUUUUUUUUUUUUUUUCCUUUUGGUAUGCACUGAUUCCAAAAGUCAUGUAUUACAGGUGCCACUAAAUUAAAUAAAUCCACUAAAUCGUAAAAAUGUUUGUGUUUGCUUAAAUACACUUGUAUAUUUGGUCAAACAAGUUGUUGCCUCUUGAAUAUUAUUGCACUGUUUCAGUUGGUCAGAUACCUCAAAUUGAUGUCUUUAGAUGCUUAAAAGAUUGUACAGCAGCUUAGCGUGCUUUGUCCAUUUUUAAAUGUAUCUAUAGGGAAAACAUUUUGAAUAAAAUAUAGGGAGUGCCA